UUCUUUGUUGAGUAUGUGACCAAUGUCAAACCGUACGCACGACAGAGUACUUGGCGAUGUUAACCUCAUAAUACUUGUAAGAUGCUUCUAACGUGAGAAUACUAAUUUUAAGGAAUAGCAGCUUAUCGCUUCAAUAUACAGCGAGUGAAGUGAAGGUGGAAACAUGUCUUACUUAACGAGAAAAGAGAUCGACGAGAUGAAGCCGCAGAUCGAAAAAGCGGUUCAUAAAUUCCUCGGCUUCAGUGAACCAGCGAUUGUCACUACCGCUGUGAACUGCAUCACUUCUGGCUACGACAAGCGUAAAACGGCAGAUAAAUUAUCAGCUUUAUUAGAAGACAAGAAAGCUUCGAAGUUGACGGAAAAGAUAUUUACGAUAUACGAUGACACCAAGGCAUCGCAAAAGAAUAAGAAACGGUCUCAUCCUGAAGAUAAAGACAAGGACAAAGAUGCCAAGAAAUCGAGAUUCAAAGACGACGAGACGAAAAAUGAAAAAUCCAUAGAGACUCAACUUUCUGCAGACAAGAUAAGGCAAAUGAUGGCUAACGCGCAGAGGGAAAUAGAGGAGAGGAAAAGAGCUUUGAAAGCGAUAAAGCAGGAAGACGCUUCUGCGAAGCCCUUGUUUAAAGGACGCGAUGCUCUGCCAACGGUAGGAAGCAUGUAUAAUCAGGGCCUAUUGAGUAAAACCGACUCGGACAAGGCGCGGAAAAUAGCUGCGUUACAGGCACAGAUCAGAAAUAAGUUGAAUUCGGGACUACUCGGUAAUGUUAAUGUACCGGAUAAGCCAACUCCCUUGAUCCUGGACGAAUCUGGCAGAACGGUAGACAUAACGGGCAAAGAGGUGCAACUUACUCAAGUGGUACCUACGUUGAAGGCUAAUAUACGUGCCAAGAAACGAGAGGAAUUUAAGGCACAGCUGCAAGAAUCAAAAGGCCCGGAAGAGAUACAAGAUACUCAUUUCUUUGACAACCGAAUAGGCGUGAAGCCGGCGAUGCGCGGUAAACGCGCGUUAAAGUUUCACGAGCCGGGGAAAUUUCAGCAAUUGGCAGAGAGAAUGCGCAUGAAAACGCAAUUGGAGAAAUUGCAAAAUGAAAUUAGUCAAAUUGCUAGGAAAACCGGUAUCAGUUCGGCAACCAAAUUAGCUCUUAUCGCACCUAAAACUGAAGCCCUUAGUGAAGAUGUGCCUAAUGUAGAGUGGUGGGAUUCUGUUAUAUCAACUGGCGGAUAUCCUAACGAAUGUGAAUUGACGACAAUCAAAAGUUUGACUAUCACAAAUUUAGUGGAGCAUCCAACACAAAUGCGGCCUCCAACGGAACCUUUGAAACCAAUAUACAUGCCUGUAUUUCUUACAAAGAAGGAACGUAAGAAAUUAAGGAGACAAAAUAGACGGGAGACUUGGAAGGAAGAGCAAGAAAAAAUUCGAUUAGGUCUAGAACCGCCACCCGAGCCAAAGUUGCGGAUCUCGAAUCUCAUGCGAGUUUUAGGGACUGAAGCUGUACAAGAUCCUACUAAAAUUGAAGCUCACGUCCGACAACAAAUGGCCAAGAGGUUGAAAGCUCACGAGGAUGCGAAUGCAGCACGGAGGCUCACCGCUGACCAACGUCGCGAGAAAAAGGCGAGGAAGCUUAAAGAAGACACUACUCUUGGCGUAAAUGUCGCUGUUUAUAGAAUACGUGAUCUUGUUAAUAAUGCUUCGAAGAAAUUUAAAGUGGAGACUAACGCGAAACAGCUUUAUCUAACUGGCUGCGUAAUGCUGUUCCGGGACUGUAAUGUUGUCGUAGUGGAAGGUGGAGUAAAACAACAAGCCAAGUACAAACGACUGAUGAUGCACCGCAUUAAGUGGGAAGAAGACAUAGUGAAAGAUAACGACGGGAAUGACCUGCCGAACAGAUGUGUACUUGUUUGGGAAGGGACGAGCAAGCAGCGGCAUUUCGGGGAAAUUAAAUUUAAAGUGUGCCCGAUUGAAAAGAUGGCCCGCGAGCAUUUCAAGAAACAUCAGGUGGAACAUUAUUGGGACUUGGCCUACAGUGGCGCGGUUCUCGAUAAUACAGAUGAAGUACGCUCCUAAGAUACAAUCUUGUAAAUUGACUAAACACACAAUUAUAGCUUAAUGCAACAAAUAAAAGUAACUUCUGUACAACUUAAUAAGAUUAUUGACAUGAGAAAAAGCUGUAACCAUAAGAGUGGACGUAAAUAAAAGUGAUCAUUGUUUCUCAAAAUCUCUUUGCUCGCAGUAACGAUCCUACAGCGAGAUUUUAAUAUUGUAUAACUGUAGUGUCUUAUUCUCAAAUUAUAUUAUUUCAACAUUUUU